AUGGAUCAGUUUCCCUGGUCGUCGUAUAGUCAACUCUACAGCUUUAAACAUUCUCAAGACCUUAGGAUCACAAGGUUCCAGGUUGGGAAGCUUCUAUAUUUGACAUUAACUAGGCCUGAUAUUGCCUAUACAGUGCAGACUUUAAGCCACUUUACGCAAGCCCCUAAAAGGUCUCACUUGGAGGCAGCACAUAGGUUGGUGAGAUAUUUGAAGAAUGAACCGAGAUUAGGCAUUCUUUUGAGUGCAGAUGGUGAUAUGACUUUAAGAGCAUACUAUGAUGCAGACUGUGCAAGUUGCCCAAACUCAAAAAAGUCAGUAACAUGCUACUUAGUAAAGCUUGGAGAAUCUCUUGUCUCAUGGAAGUCAAAAAAGCAGAAUACAGUGGCAAGGAGUUCAGCAAAAUCAAAAUAUAGAAGUAUGGCACUAACAAUCUCUGAAUUGAUCUGGUUGCUGAGAGUUUUCAAGGAACUGGGAGUUGAUUUAUCCACUCCAAUUCAGUAG